AUCGCCUGGCACACAGCCCUCAUAUCGAUAUUUUUUCCAUCGUCAUAUUUCUCUUCACUAUUCGGUGUGUGGUGUGUUUGGCAGCAGAGAAAAUUUAAUCAAAGAAAAAUCCACAAAAGAAGCUCAAGUAAUCGAUUCUCCAAGUCCAAGCACACAAGUCCAGAGUUUGCAUAUUUUCAACAGCAUUUGCAACUCGGAUUUGAACUUGUAAUAAUUCCAGCCAAGCAAGAAGGCCAACAGCAGCAGCAGAACAGAAUUCCUACUCCUCCAAUCAAAAGAAUCGAAAGACAAGCCAGCAACUAUGGGAAAUGUAUUCGCCAAUCUAUUUAAAGGCCUCUUUGGCAAAAAGGAAAUGAGAAUAUUGAUGGUCGGUUUGGAUGCCGCUGGUAAAACCACAAUUCUGUACAAACUCAAAUUAGGCGAAAUUGUUACAACGAUACCUACCAUUGGUUUCAAUGUGGAGACUGUAGAAUACAAGAAUAUUAGCUUUACAGUGUGGGAUGUGGGCGGCCAAGACAAAAUUCGUCCAUUGUGGAGGCAUUACUUCCAGAAUACACAAGGUCUUAUCUUCGUCGUUGACAGCAAUGAUCGGGAGCGUAUCGGUGAGGCGAGAGAGGAAUUGAUGCGCAUGCUGGCGGAGGACGAGCUUCGGGAUGCAGUCUUACUAAUAUUCGCCAACAAACAGGAUCUGCCAAAUGCAAUGAAUGCGGCUGAAAUCACCGAUAAGCUCGGUUUGCACUCACUCAGAAACCGCAACUGGUACAUUCAAGCGACGUGUGCAACUAGCGGCGAUGGACUCUACGAGGGACUCGACUGGUUGUCCAAUCAGCUGAAGAACGCUAAUCGCUAAUUAAACACACACUAAAACUACAACAACCACAACAACAACAAGAUAAAAUACACACUAACUUUGAUUUCAAGCAAAGCAGAAGCAGAAAACAACCAGCAGGCAACAACGUCAGAAACACCAACAGACAGACAGACAUCUGACUUAAACAGACACAGGAAAACGGUGGGAGAAAGAACAACAACAACAACAAAAGCAGCAACCGCAGCAGCAGCAACAACAAGAGCAGAGAGAUCUUCGCAUAUAACAUAAAAGGCUCCUUCCUCCAUCUCCUGUUCUGUCCGUUUACAAAACAAGAAAUUGGAAUUUUGAAAGAACAGAACUUUUCAAGCAGCAUAUAAAAGAACGCUAUAAUUUAAUUUAAAUUUAUAUACAUAAUUAUUGGAUGUUUAAAAACGAAAAACGAUUAAAAGAGAAAA